AGGUAAUAAUAUUUUUGUUCGUUUUGUAAUUGUGUGAAUGACCAGUAUAAUAAUAUGGUAGAUACUAGAUAUGACGUCUAGUAAUACCAUAAAUAUUAUAUUUAUAUGCGUUGCUUUUGCGAUAACGAUACGCGUCGACUUGGUGGUCGAGUAACUGGAAACUACGUAGUACGUUUAUUUUUAAUAAUAUAUUAUCGAUAAUAAUAUUAUGCGUGCACGACGCCGCGACUUCCCAUUCGCUUAUUAUUAUUUAAUUACUAUUACCACUCGCGUGUAGUCGUUACUCGUUACUCGACAAUGUCAUUUUAAACUCUUUACCGUUUCGAGGUUUGUCGUUUGUCUUGUUCUCAUUGUCAUUUGUCAUUGCUUACCCCGUGUGUCUAUGCUCUCGACUCUAUUUUACGUCUUUACUGUUACAUCUGUGUACGUGUACUUCUAACGUAUUUUUACUGUAAUGAGGUCAAUCGUACAUUUUUUGGAUGAAAAUACCGUGGAAACUGUACCAAGCAAAUGGUUUUCAAAAAAUAAAUGUGCCUGGCCUAAUAACAAAAGUAAGCGGCAUAUUGCAGAUCAAUCUGAUCCGAUUCCAGAAUGUUUUAAAUGGUAUAAAGCUCGGGCAUUGUUAACGGACAUAGAAUCUUUCUCUAAAGCGAAUAGAAAAUGCAAAAAAGCUUUAUACACAACUAAUUUAUCGUCUACUGAAACAGAAAAUGAUGAAAUGAUGAACAAAAAUCAAAAAAAAUCUAAAGAAAUGUUACAGUAUAAUUCGACAAAGCGUAAUAAAAUAAAAUUGACUGGAUACAAUGAAAAUGACAAAUUUUCAGACAUUGAUACUGCUGACGAUGACGAUUACACAGCUCUUAAAAUACCAACAUACGAGUCUGAUGAUGGUACAAGUACAAAAGAAACUGUAGAAGGAUCUAAUAAUAAAGAACUUCAAAAAAAUGAAUUCUCUUCUCCAUCUUCUAACCAAAUUUUAGAUAAAAUUCAUUCAAAAAUUGAAUCGCCAAGCAAAAUCGAUCAUCAUGACAUUGAAUCUUCAAAUAUAACACCUCAAUUGUUGGUUAAAACCUCGGCUAAAACUCAUCAUUCAUCAUUUUCAUUGCCUGCAAGAAAACAUAUUCAAAACAAAUCUCCAAUGAAAAGAUUUUCUCAAAGUUACAAUGAUCAAUAUUUAGUUGUUGAAUCUGAUAGAAAAAAAAAUGGAAAUGCAUUUCGAAGCCUGCUGUCUCCCGAUUUGUUAUUGAGUAGUCCAGAAUUUUCACCAUCUCCCAAAACGACGAAAAUCAUUGAUCAACAUAACUCGCAUAAAACUCAUUUAAAAAUUGAAUCGCAAAGCAAAAAUAAUCAUAAGAUCAAAUCUCCAAUAAAGAUAAGCCCACAAUUGUUGGCUAAAACCUCGGCUAAAACUCAUCACUCAACAUUUUCAUUGCCUGCAAGAAAAAAUAUUCAAAACAAAUCUCCAAUGAAAAGAUUUUCUCAAAGUUACAAUGAUCAAUAUUUAGUUGUUGAAUCUGAUAGAAAAAAAAAUGGAAAUACAUUUGGAAGCCUGUCUCCUGAUUUAUGUAUGUUUGUUUCUUUAUAAAUGUUAAAAUUUAUAUAUUUAAUUGAUUUUAUCUUUUUUUUUAUAGUAUUAGUAAUCUAAAUUGUUCAUGUAUAUGUAUAGAAAACGUUAAAUGUAUAAAAUAUCUAGGAUUGUAUAUUGAUUCGCAUUUAAAAUGGAAAAAUCACAUUGAACAUUUAAUAUCAUUAAGUCGUAAAUUCUUUUAUAUUUUUCGUAACCUUAGAUCUAUACUCGAUAAAAUACAAUUAAGAAUAAUUUAUAUCUCACUCGUUCAAUCAGUUAUUACGUAUGGUAUUGAGAGUUGGGGUUGUGCUUAUGAUACUCAUUUAAAUAAAUUGAAAACAACUAUGAAUAAACUAAUUAAAUUUAUAUUAAAGUUGCCUAGCUACACAAGUACUGAUACUAUAUAUAAGGAAUUAAAUGUAUUUAAUUUUGAUAAGCUGUUUAAAAAAAGUGUAUUAUUACUUAUAUAUAAGCAUAGGAAUUUUGUACCAAUAUGUAAUCAUAAUGUAAAUACUAGAUUUAAGAAAAAUGUAAAUAUUAAUAUUCCUAGAUGUUAUAAAUCUUUUGGCUUCAAAAGCACAAUAAAUACUGCUAUUACUCUUUGUAAAGACUUAAAAAUUAAUAUUAAUAUCUUCAAUAAUUAUA